AUUUAUCGUGUCCUUCGCCCAAACCCUAUAUCUAUGUCGCACCGUUCACAUUCUUCCCUCGCCGGAUCUCCUUCACCUUUCUUCGCUUGCCGUUGAUCUUCUUCACCUUUCUUUGCUCGCCGUCGAUCUCCUUCACCUUUCUUCACGCUUCCCUAAGAACACUGUUAACCAUUUUUUUCCAUUUGAAUUGGGAGUAAAUCUAGGUAACGGGCCAGGUCCAAGAUCGCACACCAAGGAGUAUUGUCGCCGUGGUCAUCUGACAAGAAGCUGGAGAUAAUGUUCACCUGGAAGAAGAAUUCAUAAAGAAACAGAGAACAAGCAGCAUCAGAAAUCGAAAGGGACAAUAAAAUUUCAGAAAAAGGGUGUUUGUAUUUGGAUUUGGAUAGUGAUUUUUGAUAUUUUAAUCGUACCGUUUCAUCUUCUUUCCCGAUCCACUGCUCCACUGGAUCCCCACGAACGGAUGCCACGGGACCUACUUUAAAAGCUCCAUGUCGUUGCCCGUUUUAAUUCCAACGACCCCAUCCGAUUUUGACGAUCACACCCUUCUCUGCUCCAAUAAUGGUGUAGAGGAAGGGGACUCGUUUAUCUCACGUGUAGAUGAAGACUUGUCUAGGUUCAGGCUGAAUGGUGUCAAAUGCUUUGGUGUAGAUUUAACCCCUGAUAAUGUUGCUGUUGCUAUGGUAUAUUUUGUUCAAGGAGUUUUAGACCUCGCAAAGCUUGCUGUCAGUUUUUAUUUAAAAGAUGAUUUGCAUUUAGAUCCUGCUGAGGCAGCUGUGAUUUCUGGUUUUGCUGCAUUGCCGUGGCUGAUCAAACCUCUCUAUGGGUUUAUUAGUGACUCUGUUCCUCUUUUUGGUUACCGAAGAAGGUCACUGUGAAAAUUGUUCCUCACCUCUGUUUUCGUUCGAUACCUGAAGAUGAUCUAAUGUUGACACAUUAACUGGCUUGUUCUCUUGUGGUUAUUUUAUAUUCUAGUUGAAAUUUCUUCUUUGUAGCUCAACCUUCAUGACUACAGUAUUGUUUAUGACACAAACUUUCACGUGCCCUACUUAGAUAAUAUUUUCUUCUUUCUUGCCUAUAUUGGUACUUGUUUCUUAUAUGUAAGGUCUACGUUGCAUCUUUGCUUAAAAUUUGAUUGUGAACUGGCACUGAUUUGAUAAUAUAUGCUUGAUUACCAAUUUUUAUUAGAGCAAGGUAAAACAGUUACGCAGUACACGACUUGAACUUGUUUACUGCAGAGUCUUCUUGAUCUUUGUUGAUUUUCUAUGAUAUAUUGCAGAGUUUUCCGUAUCAGAAAAAUCAUUCACUAAUCCAAUUGAAUGUUGAUGCGGAGCUGAAGUUUGUAGAUCUUUGGGAAGCUCUGUCGCUGUUAAAAGAUGGAACGAGAAUUGAAACUUCUUACUAUAUUCCGCUAUUGCAAGAAUGUAUAGAUAGGAAUUUAGAUGCAGAAAUGGAAAUUAUCUAUGGAGAUAUCGUAAAAACUGGGACUCAUGAAGACUUAUUUGUAAUGACUUUUCUUGUUAACGUUUAUGUGAAAUAUGGAGUCAUGGAAAUUGCUCGCAAAGUGUUUGAUAAUUUGCCUAGAAGAAAUGUCAUUGCAUGGACAACUCUAGUGACUUGUUAUGUUCAGAAUACACAACCUUUGGUUGCUUUUUAAGUGUUCAUAGAAAUGUUGGAAGCUGGAGCUUAUCCUACAAACUGUACGCUCGGAAUCGUGUUGAAUGCUUGUUGUUCCUUGCAAUCUAUGAAUUCGGGAAGCAGGUUCAUGCAUAUAUCAUCAAAUAUCAUAUAGAUUUCGACACUAGUAUUGGCAACUUAAGUUUCUUCGUCGAGAUGCUCUCGGAUGGUGUGGAAACAAACGAGUACACUUUAACAAGUGUCUUGAGCGCCUGUUGUGUAAUGUUGACAUUGGGUUUAGGAGCACAGAUUCAUUCACUAAGCGUGGAACCUUCAUCGAAGGUGUUUGGAAGGGGUGGGGAGGAGAUGGAUUUCUUGCAACAGUAAGGGAUUCAAAUGAAAAUUGUUCCUGAUGCAACAAAGGAGUAAAUAUUUGGUAUUGUAACCUCUUUAUGCUUUUUCUUGGGGAAC